CGGGCCGCCAGCCACAUGGCCAGCGCGCCGCACCAGCGCCGCCCCGCCGGGCCCCCCGCCGCAGCCGCAGCCGCAGCCGCCAGUCCCGCCGCCGGGGCCACGCCGGGGCCCGACGAGGAUUCCGAGUCCCGGCAGAAGAUGCUGCGGCGGCAGAACGGCAGCGGCGGCGGCGGCGACGGGCGCGGGGACGACGAGAACGGAUCCGGGUCCGGCUCAGGCGCCGACGAAGGCGUGACCCUGCAGCGCUCCAUCACGCUGCUCAACGGCGUGGCCAUCAUCCUGGGCACCAUCAUCGGCUCGGGCAUCUUCGUGGCGCCCACGGGCGUGCUCAAGGAGGCCGGCUCGCCCGGCCUGGCGCUCGUGGUGUGGGCCGCCUGCGGGCUCUUCUCCAUCGUGGGCGCGCUCUGCUACGCCGAGCUGGGCACCACCAUCACCAAGUCCGGCGGCGACUACGCCUACAUGCUCGAGGUGUACGGCUCGCUGCCCGCCUUCCUCAAGCUCUGGGUGGAGCUGCUCAUCAUCCGGCCCUCGUCGCAGUACAUCGUGGCGCUCGUCUUCGCCACCUAUCUGCUCAAGCCGAUCUUCCCCAGCUGCCCGGUGCCCGAGGAUGCGGCCAAGCUGGUGGCCUGCCUCUGCGUCCUGUUACUCACAGCGGUGAAUUGUUACAGCGUGAAGGCCGCUACUCGGGUCCAGGAUGCGUUUGCUGCAGCAAAGCUGCUGGCUUUGGCCUUGAUCAUUCUCCUUGGCUUCAUUCAAAUUGGGAAGGGCAAGGUCUCCAGUUUGAGCCCCCAGUUAUCAUUCAAAGGCACCAAUUUGGACGUUGGGAACAUCGUGUUGGCGUUGUACAGUGGCCUCUUUGCCUACGGUGGCUGGAAUUAUUUGAAUUUUGUCACAGAGGAGAUGAUAAACCCUUACAGAAACUUGCCCCUGGCCAUCAUCAUUUCACUUCCCCUGGUCACCUUGGUGUACGUCCUGACAAACCUGGCAUACUUCACCACCUUGACCACCGAGCAGAUGCUGAGUUCAGAAGCCGUGGCUGUGGACUUUGGGAACUACCACUUGGGUGUCAUGUCCUGGAUCAUCCCUGUCUUCGUGGGCUUGUCAUGCUUUGGAUCAGUCAAUGGCUCCCUUUUCACUUCCUCCAGGUUAUUUUUUGUAGGUUCCAGGGAGGGCCACCUGCCUUCUGUCCUUUCCAUGAUCCACCCCAAGAACCUGACUCCUGUGCCAUCCCUUGUAUUCACGUGCGGCAUGACUCUGCUCUACGCCUUCUCCAAUGACAUCUUCUCCGUCAUCAACUUCUUCAGUUUCUUCAACUGGCUCUGUGUGGCCCUGGCCAUCAUCGGGAUGAUAUGGCUCCGCUUUAAGAAACCAGAAUUGAACAGACCCAUAAAGGUGAAUCUCUCCCUUCCCAUCUUUUUCAUCCUGGCCUGCCUGUUCCUGAUAGCUGUCUCUUUCUGGAAAACCCCUGUGGAGUGUGCCAUCGGCUUUGUCAUCAUCCUCACGGGAAUUCCUAUCUACUUCAUUGGGGUCUGGUGGCAAAACAAGCCCAAGUGGCUGCUUCAAGGCAUCUUCUGCACGACAGUGCUGUGCCAGAAGCUCAUGGAGGUGGUUCCUCAGGAGUCCUGAGUCCAGUGGCCUUGGAGGGGGAGCACACAGAUGUCACUUGGAAAGAGCAUGCCCACCCCUCCCCUCUUCAGAAAAACCAGCGCUGGCCCGGCAGUGCCCAUUCCUCGGCCCAAGCAGCCGUGCCUGCGCGCUCUUCCUCUGCUCGAGCCUGGCAGCUGAGGGUGCUUCUCAAGACAAACCCGCGGUACAAACGAAUCUCUCCUGAAUACCUCCUCAUGACCCUGAGGGGGGGCAGGGAACAAGUUGCUGAAUUAGGUGUUAAGACUUUGGAUCUGUGACUGAGAGCUAGGGGCUAUUGGGGGGAGUUUUAGCUUUCCUUCAUUUUAUUUUAUUUUUAACUUAAGGUUUAGUCUAGUAGAUGCCAGCGAUACGAUUUCUUUUUACAAGUGAGAAGAUUUUUUUUUUUUCAAUGCUGCCAACUGUACCCCACAUACCUCUGGAUGGGACGACACACUGACGCCAGUUCAAACAGCACUCCUUCGUGGACCCUUCUCCAGUGCUCUUGUAACUUUGGAGAAGGGGGUCUCCCGAAGACCCCACACUCCAGGGCACAAGUGGACAGAACUACUGAGACUUGAUACGCUGUCGUUUUUAAAUGGGGGCUUGCACUGAUUCCCAACGGAGGGUCUGCUUUUCCUCAUUUUUUUGUUACCGCACAAUGAUAUUGGGUUGUUGGUUUGUGGUUUUUUUUUUUUUUAAGUUGUCAUAAAUAGAGCUAGUUUAAACUGAACCUCUGGAUUUUUAUUUUUCCCUUGAAGACUGGAGGUAGUUUCUGCUCACUGGCUGGUUUCCCUCCCCAAAGAGUAAAAACAAAUUAAUAACAGCCACCCGUUGUAUUUGUGGAGUGAAAGGAGAUUUCAGUGAGUUUAACUCACUCAGAGAGUUCCUUACCUACUUUGCUUUAUUGAUCUUUGAAUGUGGCAGAGAAAGAGGAGGAGCCCCUAGGACCCUGGGGUCAGAGGUCCAGAUAGGCUUGGAGCCUAGGGGCUGUUGGGGCCGGGCUCAGCGCCCUUCAUUUCGCUAUUGUUUGUCACUCUGGCCCUUCUCUCCCUGAGGCCUCGGGCCACUCCUGCACAGUCACACAUACAAGUUCAUGUAUGUGUCAGCUCAGGCUGAGGAGGAUCCAGGCAUCUUUCACAUUAAUAAGAGUGAGGCAUCCAAGGGUCGAUCCAUGAGUGCAGCUGCCACUCCUCUGUUACAUGGUCUUGACCUGGGACAGUGUUGUACCCAAUAAAGAACUGCACCCUGGUCUAGGCUAGACACAGGCAAGAUGGCUUGUUGACUAAGGCACCCACUCCAGAGCCAAGGCUAAGAAGAGCUUCUCUUUUUCAGGAUAGGGCUAAAAGGAGUGGGUUUCUGGUAGUGCCCAUUUAGUUCAGCACUUCCCUGAAGGUGCCCAGCACUUGCUUCCUUCUCAGGCAGGGCCACCAUCUUGUCUGAAAGCCUGAGCCAUCCUAAACGGGUCAUUGGCCAUUUAUCCAUAUCCACUGGACAUCUGCACCAGUCUUUCUGCUGCUUUGAAGUGAAGAAAGACUCUCUUCACAGCCCAUCUCAUGUAGAAGUACAGUUGUCCCCUUGCCCAUGACCAUAUUCAUCUUAAUGGUACCUAGGAAACAGAGAGGGUGUCCUCACAUGAGCAAAAUCUUUUUAACCUUUCCCUGAAACCUACAUGCUGGCUACAUGGAGAAGUGAAGGGGGGCAGCUAGGUGGCACAGUGGAUAAAGCACCAGCCCUGGAUUCAGGAGGACCAGCCUCAGAUACUUGAUACUUACUAGCUGUGUGACCCUGGGCAAGUCACUUAACCCUCAUUGCCCUGCAAAAAGAAAAAAAAAAAAGAGUGAAGGAAUCCUGCUGGGAACUCAGAAUAAGAAAACCGACCUUUUAUAGUUAAAUUACCCUCCUAUCCUCAUGAUGUUUUGUAAAUAGAGGAUGGCCCUUGGGCUGGUGGUGCAGCCUGGCACUUAACCUUUUGUUCUGGAACUGGACCAUUUCAGAGAGUGUUAAGUGAAAAAGGUUGGCAUAGAUCUUUGUGUCACAGGUAGGAAGAACUGACCUUUAGGGAGCAUCCCACACAGGUUGUAUCCGCUCCAACUUGAGCUAAAUUUGUCAGGUGUGGAAACUCUUGUCCCAUUGUGGCUGGGAAGCAGGUUUGGGGGGAAGUGUUGAUGGAUCGGAAAGCACUGGUCCCAGGCAGCCACGUGGUGGAGAGCCUACCAAGGGCCCAGAAGCAGCAGAUGGCCAACAGACAACCUCUAACAUCACCCCAAAUUGGGCUUGAGACACAUGCAAGUGAGAUGGAGCAAGCCCGCCUUGGGAUGUCCUAUUCUUCAUUGAGCAAUCCAGAGGAUUAGGUGUUUGCGUGGCAGAGCCAGGUGGUAAACCUAUGGCUAAUAGGAUUGGAAAGAGGCUGCUUCCAGGCCACAGGUAACAGCUACUCAGCAACGCGUGGUGCCUGGUGCUCGGUGUCGGGCAGAACCAAUCCUCAUGGCCCUUAGGCCUGUGCUUUUGGGUGUAGGCGCUAUAAACAAAAUCCGAAGUCCCCAGACUGAAAAGCUCUAUCUUCUACCACAUUCCACAUACAGAGUGUAGUAUAAUGGGUAAAGGUGAACUUGGAAUCAAGAGCGACCACAUUCAAAUCUCACGUCACACACUAGUAACCGUGGGCAGUUCGUAAAACCUCUGCAAGCCUUACUUGGCUCGUCUGCAAAAUGAGAAUUAUGUCAGGCUCAGAUGAAUUGUCAGGCUCAGAGAAUUGUCAGGCUCAGAUGAAUUAAUAGAGGCAAGUGUUACUUUGCCUUAAACCUUAAAGUGCUUUCUUUCUGUGUAGAUCUGUCAUCAAUGUUUAUCAUCUACCACUAUCAUGCAUCUGUCACCUAUCAUCUGUCUGUUUAUCGCUAUCAUUUACCGUCCGUCUUAUCAUUUGUCAUCUAUCUAACCAUCUUUCUAAUGAUCCCAUCUCUUCCGAUUUUUCUGGCUGGCCGUUAAAGGAGCUGAGGAAGAUUCACAUCUCCGGGAGGAAGCAAGGUACAAGGAGAGAGAGCAGGGUGUGAAUCACAUUUCAGGCUGUGAGGAGAGGGUCUAGAGAGCUUUCCUAGAAAGAAGUGACCUUUGAGCCUGACCUCAAAGUAGGCUAUUGACAUUCCAAGAGGGCUUGAAAGGGCAUUAUCAAGACCCAGAGGUUGGGAAGUGGGCAUUAGGCCAAAGUCCAUCCUGUCCAGCACGAGCUUUGUGAAGAUGAGUUUAAUUCUCUAUAUUACCUCAGGCAAGGCACUUUCUCUGGGCCUCAGCUUUCUAACCUGUAAAGCCCAAACCGGUCCUUUCCAACACGUAGAGAUUCCAAAUUUAAUACUAAAAAUCCCCCUUUAGCAAACAGCCUCUUGGUAGAAAAGCUUCUGCCAUGUUAGACGAUUUUGUUGACCGUUGCCAUGUGCUGAUCGUGAAUGAAGCAAGGCCAAGGUGCUAUUCAGGAGGUCCCCUCUCUCCUGGAUUUACCAGUGAUGCAGUGGGUGGAUUUGUCCUGGGAGGUCCUGGCAGGAUGUGUGGGUAAGUACAACACACACACUUGCUGACAGCAUCACCACCGCCACUUCAAGCCCCGUCCAUCGCAUACUGAUGAACACUGACACAUCAAUGUCAAGACCAACCACUGUGCGUAGAAAGGAUCUUCAUGAGCCAGAGGGCACUGGACAAAGCCCUAAGGGAGGCGCGGAGCAAAGGAGUUUCUCUGGGGUAAAUUAAUAGCCAGAUUUGGCCAACACCAGCAUCUGUGGUGCACCUGGACCUCUUCAGUGAGGAAACAGGUGGGCACUCAACCUCAGUCAGUGGGGACUGAGCUGGAAGUUCGAGAAGGCCUUGGGAUGGAGAGAAAAAAGGCCGUCGGCUCUGACCUUGUAAAAGUUUAAACUGUAGUUCUUGGGCACUGUGUGACUUCGAGAGCAUGUCACUGACCUAUUCGUUUUCCCUUAAAAGCUCCAUUGAGAAGGCAUUAAUAUCUGUCCACAAUUCCUAAGUACAAUUCCCUUUAUGCUUUAAGAUUAUUCUAUAGGACAGUUCAUGAAGUCCAUGAAACAUUGUGGGCUUUUAAGUGGUCAUAUUCGGGGAUAUUUAAAACGUGGUUUUAAUUCUCCAAUUCAGCUAUGAACAGGCAGUAGUGGGGGAGGGGAGGAAGGCUGGCAGUAGAAACAUUAGGUCUGAAGUCUCGGUUUUAUCACAUUUGUUGUGUGAUCUUGGGUGCCUGACUUUUCCAGGCGUGACUUCUAUCAUCUAUCACAUGAGGAAUUUGAGCUUAAAUGACCUCAAAAGGCUUAGCUGGUCUCAUGUAUCAUGAGAUCAACACACCAGUUGCCUAAAUCAAGGCAGUAGAUUCACAGUGUGAUUGUGAGACCAGCCAGCCUAAUGCCUUUAUAAUUUGGGGAAACCGAGGCCUAGGGCAAUAAAAUGAUUUGUCUGAGAUCCCAUGGCCAAAAAUGCCUGAAGCCUUUGGCUUCUUUAAUUUUUAAUGAUAUAUAUAGGGUUGAAAAUUACUAUAAAAGACCCAUUCUCUGCUCAUUGAGUUAAGCCUACACACUGGUAGAGAACUUCCAGCCAUUUUUGCACUCCUUCACCGUGGGAUAGUUUUCUCUCCAAAUUUAGAAGCUCAGCCACCUUGAUUCUUUAGGAACCAAAGUGAACUUAGUGUUUUAGAUGAUUGAAAAUGGAAAUAAUUGAAGCCUUUACUUCCAGGGUUAUAAAUCCAGGGUGGGUGUCCCUUCUGACAAAGGGAUAUCAAACUAGUUACCUGGUGUUUGGAAAGUUAGCUCUUGAUUUAAGGCCUCUCACUCCCUGACCCAAUACCUGGAGGUGGAUCAUGUCCUUGUGGCUUAACAGGGGGUAUGGAAUCAGAAUCCAGUGGCCCACAAAGUUUUGUCAUGGUGUUCUUUCAGUGGCCAUCUCCCAAGAGGCUCUGUUCUAGAUUCAUCCAUCUCCCAGGAAGCCCCCAGGACCCUUGAAAACACCCUCUGAUUUCUUUCCUUGGUUCUGACUACUGUUAAAUAUAAUUUUUAAGGGGCAACUUUGGGAGGGGGAGAGGGACAAUGAUAGCCUGAUAAGUAAUUUUUUUAUUUUUUUAAUAUUUCCUUGAAAAAAGUACUGUUAAUGGGUAUCUGGGGGAGGUGUUUUGUGGUAACUGAUUUUUAAAAUUGAAAGAAACAAAAAUCAAUCUAAACAUAGCUGUUAUGCAUUUUACUAAGCCUUGUCACUCUCUGCUGUUUUGCUAAUUUAAAGAUGCCGUAGGACUCUCUUUAUUUUAAAGAGUAGAUGUGUUAGUCUUGAUUUUCCUAAGUGCUGCUUUAAUAUAUUUGUAUUCCUGUCUGCUUUAACAUUUCCUUAGGUUGACAUUAGCCUACAGCUAAUAAUAACUUCAUAAUUUCUACUUUGGAGAUGACAUGUUUUUUGAUUCAAUUUUUUAAAAAAAUUCUCUUGUUAACCAAUCUGUUACAUGUGGAUGGUUUUAAUUCUGUUUUGUUUGGAACAUAAAAAAUAGCC